CUCGAGCUCCUACAAAGGAGGGACCGACCCGAGUGUGAUCAGUUUACACACACACACACACACACACUGGCGUGUCUCCUCUCCCCGGAUCCCGGCAGGGGGUGCAAGCAGUUCCACCAAUAAAGCCUAAAACUUUGGGUUUGUGCAGUUUAACAUGGACAGCUGCCACUAACCGAACUUUACGCCCUGGGGCAAUGGAAGUGUGAGCAAGUCAGAGCGAGGAUUGUGACGUCAUGGCUGCCCAUCGCAUUCGCGUGACCAACAACAACGUCCUUCCACGAUGCAAGUCAGAAGGCACGCUAAUUGACCUCAGUGAGGAUGUGUCUGAGGCCAGCCUUACAGAAGUCAAAGUGCCUUCCCCAAGUGCCUUGCGGUUGGACACCACUGCAUCUUUUGGAACCGCACAGGAAGUAGUUGCCAUUAAGGACUACUGCCCCUCCAGCUUCACCACAUUAAAGUUCUCCAAAGGAGAUCGCCUCUAUGUGUUAGACACAUCUGGAGGAGACUGGUGGUAUGCCCACAACAACACAGAGAUGGGCUACAUUCCAUCAUCUUAUGUCGAACCCGUUGGCCAUCGGGAUUCUGGUCUCAGUGACAGCGGAAUGAUCGACAACCUAGGGGACUCCUCAGAUGAAGGUGUGAAGGAGUUAGAUCUGCUGGGAGAGUGGACGGGAAUGUCCCUUAAGCUCCCUCCACCCUACAACAGCAAAAAUAACCCCUUUUCUACAAAUCCGUUUCUUAACGGGACAGCACAGAAACAGGUCCAAGAAGACCAAAACACUAACAGCAUUGACCUGCUUCUGUUUGAUUCUCUGACUCCAUCGGCUCCAGUCUCCACUACCAGCAGUAACAGCACUAGUAAUGGAUAUGGCAGUAGCAUUUUUGAUGGCACGCCCACCAGCCUAAAUGUAGAAACCUCGCAAGAAUUCCGAAAAGACAACCCGUUUUUCCGAAGUAAAAGAUCCUACAGUUUGUCAGAGUUAUCAGUCCUACAGUCUCAGUCAGCGUCUCCUUUGCCACCGUCUGAGUUCUUUUCUGGUCUUAAGGCCCCUUCUCCAGAGCAGUUUAAAAACAGAGAGGACUUUAGGGCAGCAUGGUUGAACCACAGGAAGUUGGCACGCUCGUGUCAUGCCCUUGAUUCCUUGGGACAGAAUCCAGGAUGGGGCCAAACACAACCUGUUGAGACUAAUAUUGUUUGUAAGCUGGACAGUUGUGGUGGGGCAGUUCAACUGCCGGACACUAGCAUCAGUAUUCACGUGCCUGAGGGUCAUGUGGCAGCAGGAGAUACCCAGCAAAUCUCCAUGAAGGCUUUACUGGAUCCUCCACUGGAACUAAACAAUGAUAGAUGUACAACAGUCAGUCCUGUAGUUGAGAUAAAACUGAGCAACAUGGAGAUAAAGUCAUCCAUAACUUUGGAGAUGAAGGUGUCUGUAGAGGUGAAGAAAGAGAACAGACAGAUGACCAAGGUUGUCUGUGUCAGGAGUGACAGUAAAGAUGGACCAUACGUGCCAGUUCCUCAAGCCUACAUGUACGGUGACACUGUUCAGGUUCGGCUGGACAGCCUGGAACCAUGUAUGUAUGUUGCAGUUGUGGUCCAGUCCCACAACAUCUCAUUUAAUUUAACAGUUUGGGAUCAUGUGGUGAAAAAGAUUACGUUGGGGCUGUACGGACCCAAGCACAUCCAUCCAUCCUUUAAAACUGUGGUGGCUGUUUUUGGACAUGAUUGCGCUCCUAAGACAUUGCUUGUCAGUGAAGUCGGGAAGCAAGCUCAGUCUGCACCGCCUGUCGCACUUCAGCUGUGGGGGAAGCACCAGUUUGUCCUCAGCCGACCUCAGGAUCUUCAAAUAGGCAUGUACUCAAAUAUGAGCAACUAUGAGGUGAAAACCAAUGACCAGGCCAGGGUGGUUCGUGGCUUUCAGGUAAAACUAGGCAAGGUGAGUCGGCUCAUAUACGUUAUCACGUCUCGAAAUGCUCAAGACUUGUCUGACUUCACCUUACGGGUCCAGGUGAAAGAUGACCAGGAUUGCAUCCUUGCUCAAUUCUGCGUCCAGACACCACAGCCACCUCCUAAAACUGGAGUCAGAUCCAAUGGCCAGCGGAGGUUCCUGAAGAAGAAGGAGGUCGGGAAAAUCCUCUUGUCCCCUUUGGCCAUUACGACUAAAUACCCACAGUUCCAAGAGCGCUGCAUCACCAACUUAAAGUUUGGUAAAUUAAUUAAGACAGUGGUCAGGCAAACAAAGAACCAAUAUUUGCUGGAAUAUAAAAAGGGCGACGUCAUUGCCUUGCUAAGCGAGGAGAAGAUAAAAUUAAAAGGACAAUUGUGGACCAAAGAGUGGUAUAUCGGUUACUAUCAGGGAAAGACUGGACUUGUGCAUGUGAAAAAUGUGCUCGUCUUGGGAAAAGUCAAACCUGUGUACUUCUGCGGCCCAGACCUUACGACCACAAUGCUGCUGGAACAAAUUCUCAAGCCUUGCAAGUUUCUUACUUACAUUUAUGCCUCGGUGAGGACCGUAUUAAUGGAGAACUUGGGGAACUGGAGGGCGUUUGCGGACUCCCUGGGUUACAGUAACCUGCCCUUGACUUACUUCUGCAGGGCUGAUUUGGAUAGUGAACCUGAAAGAGUGGCUUCUGUGCUCGAGAAACUAAAAGAGGAUUGUAACAACAUGGAAACGAAGGAGAAGAAAUCCUUUCAGAAGGAGCUCAUGAUGGCGCUGUUGAAGAUGGACUGCCAGGGUUUGGUGGUGCGCCUCCUGCUGGACUUCGUCCUCUUGACGACGGCGGUGGAGGUGGCGUCUCGCUGGAGGGAACUGGCCGAGAAACUCGCUCGAGUUUCCAAGCAGCAGAUGGACGACUAUGAAGCUCCACACAGAGACCGGAACGGGGUGAUGGACGCGGAGGCCAUGUGGAAACCGGCGUACGACUUCCUGCUAACGUGGGCGGCUCAGAUCGGCGACAGCUACCGCGACGUGAUCCAGGAGCUCCAGCUGGGCCUGGACCGCAUGAAGAACCCCAUCACCAAGCGCUGGAAACAUCUCACGGGCACGCUCAUCCUCGUCAACUGCCUCGACAUGCUGCGAAGCUCCGCCUUCAGCCCCGCCUCCCACGAAGACUUCGCCAUCUAGAGCAUCAGGACGGGAUUUGAUGGACUGUUGUGCAUGUUUUUACCUCAGUAGGACUCCAACAUGCCCUUCCUCACAGUUUAACCUUUGACCUCUUCUGUACGUCUGUCUGUGGCAGUUUGAGUAUUUUAAUGAUUUGCGCCUCCAUCGCUAGUCGUCUCCUCUGGAAGCCGAAAUGCUCUCGCUGUUUUUUAACGGUUUGACGUUUUUAUACGAUUUUUAGAGUCAUCUGUAAAUUAUUUACUUUCAGUAGCGAAUUAAAAAGAAAAACAUUACCUAAUACAACGUCUACUAACACGUGCCGCCAUCGCUGGGGAAGCGUUUGUCCUUUAAAGUGUCCAAUCUGAUCUGCUUUAUUAACAAAGGACAAUCCGUGAUAGAUAGAAAGGUAGAAAUUAUGCUAACGUAGGGUCGCGCUAAGCUCUAACUUGGUGAGACUUUAUGCUUUACAUGUGUUAGGCGUCUUUUUAAAAAUGCUAAUGUUGUUCUUAAAAGUGAUCGAAUGUCAAGAAUUGUGGUUAAACUGUCUGUUUUUUUGUUCAGUGGGAACGAGGCUAAGGCUAGUUACAGCACACCAUCUCUCUAUCCAAAAACACUGUGACAACUCACAGCUGGAGCUACAAUGCUAAUGCUAAGGAAGGUUUCUCAGGGCAGCGUCGAUGACGCUCGGAAUGGCUGUGCACGCUCCGCUGUAUGAAGUGCUUGUCCUGUAUGAGCCUCCCGGGUCACUGUUAGCUGUACGGCAUGUGUGUGUGCUACGUAACGGUUUGCGUUAUGCGAUCAUGAUUUUAAUGUUUGUUUGUUUUUUUGCUCCUAAAACGGAGAUCAUGAUCAUUGAAUUUUUUGUAUUAUUGAGAAAAAAGACAAAAAAAUGUUCAUUUGCGCAAGACAGACUAGCUAAGUCAGAAAGAUUGAGGAAGUGGGCGGGGCUCCGAAGAUGACUGAGUGCAGUGCGGAUCGUCGCAUCUUCUGUUAUAUAUGCGAACCGCGUGUUUUUAAGCUAGUGUAAAAGUUGCUAAUCUAAUCAGAUUGAAGAUGAUCGGAUACGGAAUGGCUACAUUACGCAGCGGCACUGCUAGCUGAUGGACAUGUAACACUGACACAUAAAUGUCUACCUGUUUCUCAGUGUUAAACCUGGUGUAGUGCAUCGCACGCUCGCUCACACACUCUGCAUCUUCUUGUGUAGCGAAGAACACUAGCGAGUGAUUGUAGCUUGUAGCCUGAACGUGCUUUCGUUGCCAAAUUGUGAUCCGUGCUCAGUGCUGAGUGUUCUCCUGAUCGCAGCCAUUCCUUUCCUGUUUCCUUCAUUUUUUUACUCCAGUGUUUUGUAUUUAUAUCUAUCUGCUAGCGUAGCCACGCCUCCUCCUACCCCUCCUCCGUCUCGCACCUGAGCGUGCACGCACAUACACACACACACACACACA